UCCUGGUCUGUGCAGCAGCAAAGCCUGAGAAGCACAUUCCCUCUCUACAUUCUGCGAGCAGCCACAAUGGAGCCUGUUAGCUUCCAUUAUGCCUGUGCUGUAAGUGCUGCCUGACGCCUUUCUCAACACAACAACAAAAAACCCCAGCGUAACAGCACUGCCUGUCAGGCAUUUAAAACAAAAACGUGGAUUAUGAUUUUGAGUUUAGAGACUCGCUUUGUAUAAACACACUCUUGUAUUCUCUGCUGUUUCUGUGCUGUUGCAGUGCUAGUAUGGAGAACCCGAUCAAAAUCAAAAGGACUGCCAUCACUCUGGCUCAGAAAGUCCAGAUCAUCCUGAAGUUGAACGACCCCUCAUUCAAACAGAAGGAGAUUGCCCGGGAGUAUGGGCUGACCGCUUCAGCCAUCUCCAAAAUUGUCAAGAAGAAAGAGGAAAUUCUGGAGGAAUGGCUGCGUGGUGGGAACUUGGAACGCAAGCGUAAGCGCGAGGGGAAAAACCAGACCAUCGACGACGCCCUGCUCAGCUGGUUCUGGACGGCCAGCAAGGAGAAAGGCCCGAUUUCAGGGCCAGUGCUGAUGGCCAAAGCCAAAGCCCUUGCUGAGGAAAUGGGGAUCGAGUUCAAACCCACCAACGGGUGGCUGUGCCGGUGGAAGAACCGCAACAACCUGGCUUACAAACGCACACCGAAGGAUAAGAGUGAAUACAGAGGGAUGAGCGACCAGUGGACUGGAUUCCCUGCCUUUGUGCCUCAGUCUCUGUAUCUGCAAGAUGGGCAGCUGGUCCCAGAUUACUACAGAGAGAGAACAGCAACACAGCCGCUGGAUGAAGCAGAGGAAGAUUCCCACGACCAGUCUGCAGAGGGAGCUGAACAAGAGGAGCAAGACCCACAGUUUUAUGCAGGAGCAGCUGUGUUUUCACCAGUGCCUAGUGGUCAGCAUGGACAAUGGCAGACAAUGGGACCUGGGUCGACUGACAGCUCUUCUGAUGAGAUGCCAAUAGCACACAUCCUGAUACAGCAGGAUACAGAUACUCAGCAUAAACCCAAGAGAGUGAAGCAAGAGGAACUGUCCACACAAUCAGGCCAUAACUGUCAGUUUUAUACAGCGCCAUUAGAUCUGAGAAGUCAACGAGAGAUGCCCGGAACAUCAAAUGAAAUUCCAGCAACAGGGAGCCAGAGCAAGGGAGAUCAAAUUAAAACAGAAGAAGAUUCCCUCAGCCACAGCUAUCAACUUUACAAAGAUCAACAGUUCACCUCCGACUCAUCGGACACCUCAUCUGAUGAAGGCACUUUGACACAGCCUGUGAUUCAUCUGGUAACGAGCUCCCAUCACAGUGUAAAACGAAUCAAGCAAGAACAGAGCCCUCAAAGGGCCAGCCACAGUUACUCAUUCUACAGAGGGCCAGGAGAUUUAGCAGAUCACAGACCCAAAGCACGCCCCUCAGACAAUGCCUCGGAUGAGAUCAUGAGGACCAGGACUCCAAUUUAUCGCACAACUGCUGGGCGCAGCAAAUAUGAGCAGUUACUGCAAGAGGAAGAGUCUCUGUCCAAACAGCAUCAGAGCCAAAGCAUUCCUUCUUACAGAGGAAAGCAGACACUGGCGCAAGUGCUUCAACAGCUGGGGGCUCAGCUCCCCUCACGAAGCUCAUACAGUGAGCCCCAAGGUUCACACUCUUUUAAUCCAGUAGCAGAACUUUCUCACAACCAGUAUGGAAGGGAAGCCAGAGAUGAUGCCAUGUCCAAGAACAGAAGUCAGUUUUGCAAAGGUGAGAACAGCUGCACAGGAGGCUUGCACUCUACCAAAAAGAACACAGCUGAAGUCAAGACCCAAGAGGAAUGCUUUAGGAAGGCUGAGCUAGCUGCAAUAUGCGCUCUUCGAAACGUUUAUUUUGCAGCCAAAGAGAUGAUCCCCAACUCCUCAAUAGAAGCACUGAAUGAGCUGUGCAUACUUCAAGGUAUCACGGACCUGGGAGGACUUCACUUGGACAAACUCAACUCCUACGAUAAGUUAAUUGAGGAAUUCCACCAAGCCAUCGCUGAGGUAACAGAUGAAGGAAUCCUGAAGAGGGCACGGUCCAGUAAUUGUUUCAGUAUUUUGAUCGAUGAGUCUGAAGACUGUUUCACUGAGCCAUGCCUAUACCUGUAUCUCCAAAUCAUUGAACAUGUUGCAGGAGGGUAUGAGCCCAAAACGUAUUUCCUGGCAGUCAAAAAACUACAGGAAGAGGUCACAGCCGAAAAGGUCACAGCAGAGUUAGUCAACGUGCUGAAAGAAAAGGAUCUAGACGUGAAACAGAUGUGUGGAUUUGCAAUUGAUGGUGCUGCUAUGACAGCUGAAUGCAAGAACAGUGUGGUCACUCAGUUAAAGGCACAGGUGCCCGGUCUCUUAUCCAUCCGCUGUAUUUCUCAUCGAUUAGCUCUCAGCAUUGUGUCUGCUGCAGACACUGUCCCCUACCUGGUGAAGUACCAACAAACUCUCAAUUCUGUUUAUAAACACUGUGUCAGCUUCCCCAGGGACGGGCUCGAGGCCAUACAAAAAAUACUGAGAGACACACACAAACAGAGCAGCCCUUUCAAGGAUAUCUUGCCAUCCAGGUGGCUUACAGUCAGAGCAUCAAUUGAAGCUGUAAUACGCAACUUUGGCCACCUUGUCUCAGUGCUCCAGAACAGUCGGUCAGCCCAAGGCGUCAGGCUAGCAAAGACCAUGUGUACCUACAAAUUCUUGCACUGUAGUCACUUUUUGGCUGACAUUCUCCACCAGUUGUACAUUCUGUGUAAGAGUUACCAGACCUCCAAUGUUGACUUUUCAAUUGUGCACCCCUUGUUGAAAUCAACGGUCACCACAAUUAAUAAGCUGAGUGCUGAAAGCACUGGCGAAAUGCUUAAGCACCUCUUGGCUGCAUUGCCGCCCAACAUAUGGGAGGAGAGCCUCUCUGACAGCUCAUUUAUGUUUCAGAAUCACCGGAUAAAAGGAGGCCGCCAGCAGAAGUCAGAGGCUGAAAGCACCUGUCGGACUUUCCUUGAAAAUCUCACACGUGAUCUGAAGGGCAGGUUCUCAGAAUCCAAGGAUGCAGCCACCAUGACAGCUAUGACUGCCAUAUUUGAUCCUGCCCAUGCCUCAGACUCAAAGAAUAGACACAUCCAAACAGUGACGGAUUACAUGUCUUCGCUUUCUGACGAGAGUGACAAAGAUGAGUUUGAAAUGAGCUGCAAACAGGAGCUUGUCAGCUUCAUGAACUUUGUAGAGUCCCAGCCAGGUGUGCAUGCACUCACUAGCUCCAAGGAUGUAUGUGAACUUGCACUCAAGCAGAAACUGAUGUUUCCUGUUGUCAGUUCACUGGCAGAACGGUAUUUGGUUUUGCCGAUUUCAACUGCAGGUCUUGUGGAGACAUUCUGUAGACAACACAUGUUGAGGACCAAACUUGGGAACUCACUGACCAGCAAGUCAUUGGAGAACCUGAUCAAGAUCUCCAUCCAUGGUCCUCCUAUCAAGGAGUUCAACUUUAUAGCUGCUUAUUCCAAGUGGGCAUCUGGCAGGGCCAACAGGGCACAGCAGCAAAAGAGUUAGAGGUUUACCGAUUGUAACUUGUCCUGAUUCAGACUUUUCCCCAUUUCAAAAAAAAAUUGCUUGUUAUUAGCAAGAAAGAAAAUAAAAGGAAACUUAUCUACAGGCAAAACUUUAGAAUCCUAAAACAUAAUCCAGUUUCUCAUCAGAGUUUUCCUGUAGUCACAAUGUACAGAAAUUCAAGGCAAAGAAAAUGUAAUUUGAUCAAACACUCCCCUUUUUAGAAGUUGUUAAUAUUGAUAAUGAAUUGCAUAGACUUAUCCUUCUUUUUAUUAAUUCAUGCGAUAAGGGUGUUGUUAGCUUGGCUAACAUCUACUGUCCAUCACUAGUUGCCCCAAGGAUAGCAGUUUCCUUCCCUACAAGACAUUGAUGAUCUAGAUGGAUUUUACAAUAAUCAACAAUGGGAUCAUGGCCUUAUGGUGGGAUUUGAACCUGAUCCCCAGAACAUUACCUGGGUGUUUGGAUUAAUUGUCCAGUGAAAAUAUCAGUAGGCCACUGCCUCCUCCCAAUAUUGAUAAGGCUGUCUUCUUUCAACCUUCAAGCCUGUUCCUGGGACAGUAACAGACUUACCAAUACUUCUAAAGAAAAGAAGGCUUGCAACUAUUAGUGCUCCUUUUCGGAUUGCUCAGAAACAUCCUAAAAUAUCUCAAGCAACAUUCUGCUUCAUAGUGCAAUGCCCACUCUAGUUGUAUACGCAACUACUUGGCUUUGGUAUUGGUCAAAUUAGAAAGCUGGACAGAUAAAUAGAUGAAUAAUUCAAUGUCAAUAUUUAAAAAAAACGUUUGCAGUUUCAAUUUAUUUAACCUAGUAUUUUGUUAAUACUCCUUGCAACAUAGAAAGAACUCCUCCCUCUUUCACAUGUGAUACAUGAGAAGGCAGAGAGUUAUUGAGUAUAUUGAAGAAAAAGGCUUGCAUGCAACACUCAACACACUGCAGUUGAUACAACUACAUACAUUUCAUGAAUAUCUACGACACCUUCCCGUUGUACUGUAGUGGUGCAGAGUUGCAAUCAGAGAGACACAGUGACCCUGACAGUGCUGUGCCAGUGCAGAAUUGCAUGAGCUUGAGGAACCAAUGAUGGUAGACUAUUCAGUCACAGCAAGGGAGCCCAUAUUUCCUGACAUAUAUUUCCAGCAGGGGUUGGUGGAUAACGAUUCCAGGGAAGAGCCUUUCCUUAGCCUGGGAAGCAGACAUUAAGUGUAGCUUCCCAGCUGCUGCCAUGCCCAAGGAAUGAUAAGCAAGGACAAUAACUCUGCUCUGCUUUAAGUACUGCUGCAACUUUAAAGACUUGCAUUUUACAGCGUCUUUCCUGAUUUCAAGCUGUCCCAAUGUGCUAAAGCAUUUUGCAAACAAAAUGUUUUUGAAGUGUAUUCACGAUCAUAAUGUAAGAAUUGCAGCAACUUUUUACACACAGCAAGCUCCCAAAACCAGCAAUAUUAAUGUCAUUCUUCAACUAAGUGAGGAUAAUCUGUUUUAGUGGAGUUAGGUAAGGAUACCAAGAGAAUUCCUAUACUCUUCUCCAACAUAAAGCAAAGGCAACUUUUACUAAUACCUGAGAGGAGAGGAGCUUCAGUUUCCUCUAUCCAACAGUGCAGCACUUCCUCCGCACUACACUUCAGUCUCUGGAGUCUUUCCCAGUAUUUCUUGUACAAUUGACUUAAACUAAUGUGCUCAGCUGAAUCUGAAGCACUUAUUCAAGGAAGUCUUGGUUUUCUGUUAAAAAUUGUAAAUUCUUAUGACACAUUUGUACCUCCUGACUGUUUUGUGCUUUUGUUUAAAGAAAGGAAGAAUGCCUUUAAUCUUUUCUCUAAAUUACAUACUAGGAUUUUACAAGUUAUAAGAAUAUUAAAGGAUUUUGAGGAUUCACUAGGAAA